GUUGGAGGGUAAAGAUCGUCAAGUCCCUAUUUUCGGUAAAAUACGAGUGAUCGCGAAGUGGUUGGAUUACACUGUGUGGUUUUGUGUUUGAAAAUGUGUUGUGGUGCUUCUAGUAAGGAUACAAAAGUGUUAGAUUGAAGUGCCGUCUAUGUCGGCGGGCGCGGAUUACGAGGACCCCCCGUUCGGAGUCCCUGAGGGGAUAUGGGCGGAAUGCGACUGCCCGGGUCCCCCGCCGCCCGAAUUCAUGCUGCCGCCCCCACCGAGGCCCCCCGUCUUGCAACCGCCGGACCCCGCGUACUGCACCGAGGACCCGCUGCCCAUAGAGACCUGCGACGCUUUACCGGUAAGUUAG